GUUUCCCCAGGACUGUGCCUGGAUUUAGGGUCCAGACACUCACCUCACCAUGCCCCUUGUUGCCUUCAUCCUCUGGUCCACCCUGCUGACUCUGGGCUGGCGGGCAGCCCACACCAAGGAUUAUGUCUUUGCCACUCCAAGGGUGCAGCUCUCCUUCAAAGAGCUGAAAGCCACUGGCACUGCGCAUUUCUUCAACUUCUUGCUCAACUCCAGCGAUUACCGCAUCCUGCUAAAGGAUGAGGACCAUGACCGCAUGUACGUGGGCAGCAAGGACUACAUCCUCUCGCUGGACCUGCAUGACAUCAACCGGGAACCCCUGAUCAUUCACUGGCCUGCUUCCCAGCAAAGGAUCGAAGAGUGCAUCUUGUCGGGGAAAAACAGCAAGGGUGAGUGUGGGAACUUCAUCCGCCUGAUCCAGCCCUGGAACCGCACCCACCUAUAUGUCUGUGGCACUGGUGCCUACAACCCCAUCUGCACCUUCGUCAACAGGGGGCGCAAGGCACAGGCUUUUGCGCUGACCCAAUCCAUCCAGCUGGGAGGACGGGGAAGCAGAGCGGCCGACUCCUCCCUCAGCCCGACAUCGGCGGAACGCAAGGAUUAUAUCUUCUACCUGGAGCCAGACAAGCUGGAAUCUGGCAAAGGGAAGUGCUCCUACGAUCCCAAGGUGGACAGUGUCUCAGCACUAAUAAAUGAGGAGCUCUAUGCCGGCGUCUACAUUGACUUCAUGGGCACUGACGCUGCCAUCUUCCGCACCAUGGGCAAGCAGACAGCCAUGAGGACUGACCAGUACAACUCCCGCUGGCUGAAUGAUCCAGCAUUCGUUCAUGCACAGCUCAUCCCAGACAGCGCUGAGAAAAAUGACGACAAGCUCUAUUUCUUCUUCCGGGAGAAAUCAGCCGAUGCUCCACAGAGCCCUGCUGUCUAUUCCCGCAUUGGGCGCAUCUGCUUGAAUGAUGACGGGGGUCACUGCUGCCUGGUGAACAAGUGGAGCACAUUCCUGAAGGCCCGGCUCAUCUGCUCUGUGCCAGGACCAGAUGGGAUUGAGACACACUUCGACGAGCUCCAGGACGUGUUCAUCCAGCAGACUCAGGACAUGAAGAAUCCCAUCAUCUAUGCUGUGUUUGCCGCCUCAGGGUCUGUGUUCAAAGGCUCUGCUGUGUGUGUAUACUCCAUGGCUGACAUCCGCAUGGUCUUCAAUGGGCCCUUUGCCCACAAGGAAGGGCCCAACUACCAGUGGAUGCCAUAUACUGGCAAAAUGCCCUACCCCCGCCCAGGCACCUGCCCAGGUGGAACCUUCACCCCAUCCAUGAAGUCGACCAAGGAUUACCCGGACGAGGUGAUCAAUUUCAUGCGCACACACCCCAUGAUGUACAACGCUGUUUACCCCGUGCAUCGCCGGCCCCUAGUGGUGAGAAGCAAUGUCAACUACAAGUUCACCACUAUUGCUGUGGACCAGGUGGACGCGGCGGAUGGGCGCUAUGAGGUGCUUUUCCUGGGCACAGACCAUGGCACAGUCCAGAAGGUGAUAGUUCUCCCCAAGGAUGACAUGGAGACAGAGGAGCUGAUGCUGGAGGAGGUGGAAGUGUUCAAGGUUCCUGCCCCAAUCAAGACAAUGACCAUCUCCUCCAAGAGGCAACAGCUGUAUGUUGCCUCAGCUGUGGGCGUGACCCACCUGGCCCUGCAUCGCUGCAAUAUGUAUGGGGAGGCCUGCGCUGACUGCUGCCUAGCCAGAGAUCCCUACUGUGCCUGGGAUGGCAAGGCGUGCUCCCGCUACUCUGCCUCCUCCAAGAGGCGAAGCAGGCGCCAGGAUGUCCGGCAUGGUAACCCCAUCCGCCAGUGCCGGGGCUACAACUCCAAUGCAAACAAAAACACAGUGGAGGCCAUCCACUAUGGGGUGGAGGGCAGCACAGCCUUCCUAGAGUGCCAGCCCCGCUCCCCACAGGCUACUAUCAAAUGGCUCCUCCAGAAGGACAACAGUGAUCGGAGGAAAGAGCUGCGCAUAGAGGGCCGGGUGCUGAGGACGGAGCAGGGCUUGCUGCUGCGCUCCCUGCAGCUAUCCGACAGUGGCCUCUACUCCUGCACGGCCACAGAAAACAACUUCAAGCACACAGUGGCCAAGGUGCAGCUGCAUGUGCUGAACAGUGAAACCGUCCAUGCCGUGCUCUUCCAUUCAGAGACACCCAGUCUGCGGGCUGAUGGUGACAUCUCCGCGGCAGCCAUGAGGGCUGGUGUCCCCGGUGCACCCGGACCUCACUACCAGGACCUGGUACAGCUCCUCACCCAGCCUGAAAUGGGACUCAUCAACCAGUACUGCCAGGGCUACUGGCGGCAUGCAGCUGCCAGCCAUAAGGAGGUGCUGGCAGGCCUCAAAACCAAGGAGCAGCAGGACCAGAAGAAGCCACGGAACCGCCGGAAUCACCAGCCAGACAUGGACCAGCACACAUGAAAUCACCACCAAGGACUUUGUUAUAACAGUGCUAUAUUUUUCCCCCCUUUUAAUAUUGAAAUAUCUAUAAAUAUAUAUAUAAAUAUAUAUAUAUAUAUUAUACACACACACACACACACACACACACUCCCCACCUCCCUUUCAAGACAGUAUUUAUUUGUAGGUUGUACAUAAUCCGUGGGAGACACAAUCUCAGCCUUCCCCUGCCCCACUGCCUCCUGGGUACAGUAGCAAGGAGCCCAGAGGUACCCUGUCCAGCAGCUUGUUCUUUCCUCUUCCUAACUUCUAAGGUACUGUAAAAUAAAUGGCACAUGUGGAGCGAGGAGGCAGAGCUAAGGCACAAGCCCUGCCCCUGGGGACUUGGUCCAACAAGAAGGCCACGCUGUUGUCUUUAACAUGAGAUUUCUCCAGGAUCUGCAUGACCUGCCCAGUGUCUCAAAGGCACUCCAGAGUCCUGAGGCCUGGAGGGGGCUCUGUCCUUAGUCAUGUGAGGAAUAGGAAAAUGUUGCUUAGUUAAGAUCGCUGAAAUACCUCAUUUUAGCAUGUGCUGUUUUUGGGGUCACCCCAGGCACCACCCUGUGAACUCUACUCCAGGGGUAGGUUCCAGUCAGUCACCUCCUGCCUCCAACUGAGGCUCCAUUGGGGUAUUAUCUCAUGGCAGCAGAAAGCAAGGAGAGGGUGUCUGGUUUGGGAAGAGGAAGUCUGACAGGGGAAGUGAUAGGGUCAUGGCCUACCUUGAUGGGAUGUUUUGGCCUCCUCACUGACAGCAUCCUUCCCCCGUCAGAGUGAGACAAGCUUGGUGACUCAAGGAGGGAGAAGAGAGUUCUCAGUGAGACCACAGGGACCAGGAAAGCCUGAAGAGACCCUGAGAGGUACCUACCACACCUGCACAUCCUGUGACAAGUAGUGCUGAGGCACACAGUAGUAGACAAGUCAUCCAGACUGGGGGACUGUCCAUUGCAAAGUGGUGGAACAGGGGAACAGCACCUCUGGAUUCUGGCCUCAAGUGUUCACAUGGACCAACAUGCCUUUCAGAUGGAGCGUGUGGAUCAGAACCACCUGCUCUCCACCGAGGCAGCCUCGGGGAGCGAUGAAUCCUUGUGCAGCAGCAGACUUUUAACAGAGGAGCAGGGGAUGAAAAAAGGUGUGGAGGUGGUGAUAUGGAAGGACUGAUUGGUGGGGAAGAAAGUGUGGGUAGGGACUGGCAGUGGGGCAUCUGGCACUGAGGUUCUAACCCACUGAGGACCUUGGCAAGUCCCUGCAUCUUGCUGUGUCUCAACUUUCCUGUCUGACUACCUAGGAUUGUUUGAGGAACAGUCAUUUUGCUGCCUUCUCCAUAGCCAUGCUUAGCCUGGCAAUGCCAGCUGCUCUGCAGAGGAGCUUCAGGAAUGAGCUCAGGGAUGGGGGUGGCACUGAACUGAGUGGCCUUUGCCAGCUGGAGGACCUGAACUGUAGGUCGCCCAGUGCCUGCACAGAUCUGGCCAUGUUGGAGGUCUCUUGUGGAAGCUUUGCUGUAAGGCAGGAGUACAGAAGAGUAGAAAGAAAACUCAGACCCCCACAUCCCGGCCCCCGCUCCUCCAAACACCCUUUGGAAGGAGUGAAAGUGGUGAGGGAGCAGGGACUGGCUGAUAGUACCAAGGGAAAUACAAAAGCAAGGCCUAGCAAUCUAUAACUUCACCCUGACAGAUCCCAGGGUACUUUGCAAACUAAACGUACUGGGGGUCACUUCACUCACUACUUCAAGGGAAAGAUGAGCAGCAGCUAUUUCAGCAGGGGGCAGCCAUGCUAGCCCGGCAGCAAGGGCAAGGGGAACCCUGAGUCAGAUGUUUGAUGAGGUGUUGGUGGGAUGUGGCCAGUGCCCUUAUUCUAGGGGUUUCCACCCGUCCCAAAAACCACUACCUAAAUGGGCUGUUAUUUGCAGUGCUGACUUGUGUCUAGGGGAAAGAAACUGAGAGCAGAAGGCAGAUCAUGGAAGCACUCACAUUAUGGUAAGGGUUUUGGAGGGGGAAGCAAUUGGAGGGUCCUUGGGAUGGGAGAAAGCUGGCCAGAAAUGGGAGUCUGGUGUAGGCUGCUAGGCACAUGCAGCCCCUGUGGAUCAUGGUGGUAACUACGAGAGGCCUCCCUGAGCCCUGGCCUGGGGUUAGCAUUGGUCUAUUAGCUACACUGAAGCCAGGACAGCAUCUCUCUUACAGACACAGCCCCAGGCAGCGAGGGCUAGUCACGGACUGGCGAGGCUGUUUGCACUGCAGUCCUUGUGAAUGGGUGGUGAACCAGCUGCCCCUUCCAUACCUCAAGCUCUCUGGAAAGACUAGCUGCCCCCAGCAGAGCUCAUCCCCUGGUGCUCCCCUGCUCCUUGCGCUGUGGGUUUGGUUCAGGACUCUGGCUGGAUGAGGGAGGUAAUAGCAAAGGC